AUGGAGCAGACCCCUUACCCCGAGUGCAAGAAGACCAAGCCAACCCCCGGCCCUUACGUCUACAAGAGUCCCCCAUCUCCACCAUCCAAAUACAUCUCCAAGUCUCCUCCUCCGCCGCCUUACGUCUACAAGUCUCCACCACCCCCACCUCCCACUUAUGUCUACAAGUCUCCUCCUCCGCCUCCUUACAUCUACAAGUCUCCGCCGCCACCCCCACAAACUUACGUCUACAAGUCUCCACCCCCACCACCAUCCCCGUAUGUUUACAAGUCCCCUCCGCCACCACCUUACAUCUACAAGUCUCCUCCUCUACCGCUCUACAUUUACAAAUCUGCUCCCCCACCCCCACCGUCCCCAUAUGUCUACAAGUCUCCUCCACUGCUGCCUUACAUCUACAAAUCUCCACCGCCUCCUCCCUACGUGUACAAGUCUCCCCCGCCUCCGCCUUACAUAUACAAGUCUCCACCACCUCCGCCCUCGCCUUAUGUCUACAAGUCGCCUCCCCCACCACCUUACAUCUACAAGUCUCCACCCUCGCCACCAUCCCCGUAUGUUUACAAGUCCCCUCCGCCACCACCUUACGUCUACAAGUCUCCUCCUUCGCCACCCUACAUUUACAAAUCUCCUCCCCCACCCCCACCGUCCCCAUAUGUCUACAAGUCUCCUCCACUGCCUCCUCCCUACAUGUACAAGUCUCCCCCUCCUCCGCCUUACAUGUACAAGUCUCCACCACCUCCGCCCUCGCCAUAUGUCUACAAAUCUCCCCCACCGCCACCUUACGUCUACCAAAUCUCCCCCACCGCCACCUCCCCCAUAUGUCUACAAAUCUCCCCCACCGCCACCUUACGUCUACCAAUCUCCGCCACUGCCCCCAUAUGUCUACAAAUCACCACCUCCACCACCUUACAUAUACAAAUCACCACCACCACCAUCUCCAUCGCCGCCGCCUCCUUACAUGUACAAAUCACCCCCACCACCAUCUCCAUUGCCACCGCCGCCGCCUUACCUCUACAAAUCACCCCCACCACCAUCCCCAUCGCCACCGCCUCCCUACAUGUACAAAUCACCUCCACCACCAUCCCCAUCGCCGCCGCCACCUUACAUGUACAAAUCACCCCCACCUCCAUCUCCAUCGGCGCCGCCUCCUUACCUCUACAAAUCACCCCCACCACCAUCUCCAUCGCCGCCUCCUCCCUACGUAUACAAAUCUCCACCACCUCCUUCACCCUCACCUCUUCCUCCCUACCAUUACACCUCGCCUCCACCACCUGUGAAAUUGCCUCCUCCCCCGGCCUACAUCUAUGCGUCGCCUCCACCACCAACAUACUACUAAGCUCAACAAGCUUAGCCCUGAGGCAGUCUCAAUUAAAUUCUAGUUUCAAGAGUGAAAUAAAGGAGGGUGCUAAGGGUGCAAGAAUCGAUCAUCAAUUUCAUCAAGUUUCAUUGAAUAAGGGUCUCAAUGAUCCAUCGUUCAAGAGACACCGAGUGGAAAUGGAUCGCCAGAUUGCGUCUGCCUCUUUGAUUCUCAUCUUCCAACUUCUGCUCACAUUACGUUCAGACGAGACUGGCUCCAAACGCUUAUCUCAACGGACAAAAUGGUCGGAGCAUGCCACCAUAAAAUGGGGUGCCGGAUUUGCAGACUUCGCUUUGCUUGUGUUUUUGCUUGUCCACAUUAAUAUUCGUGAUCUUGUAAGGAUGUAAUCUCAGUCAUUUGCCAUUUGCUUGUACGACCAUAUUUUGAUUUGGACUCCUCCCUCGAUUUAUUUGUUGGAUUUGCUUGUUCUUUGUGUAACAAAAAUUCAUCUAGCAAUAAACUUAACUUGAUUGAUUUAC